AUGAUUCGGGAACAGAGGGCUCCUUCAGGUCCACGACCCGACCUUUCACCUACAAGACUCAGGAUUUCUGAAAAUUACCCUCCAGGUAUAGGCACAGGAGGAUCGCGUCUGGUAGCUGGGAAAGAGCCUACACUACCUGCUCCCCCACGAAACAAUCAUACCUUAUUUACAUUUGGCGGUCAAAACGAGGAUAAUUCGGGGUCUUACGAUUUUUUACCUUCUCCUAGCUUUGAUGACCUUCAAAGUAGCAUCUCCAAUGAACUACAGCUUACAGCACAAUUUCCGACAUCAAGUGGGGGAGAUACAAUGUCGAGAGAGAGACCUUCAAUGGGGGAAAUCAAAGCAUCUGUUAACAAUGGCCGAGGGAUAGGUCCUGCGCGUGGAGUGUCUGGACCACGCCCAGCAAGAACCUCAUCUUUUCAACGUCGGCCGAGUUUGAGCAAUCGUCAAGGUAGCAUAUCUUCAACUACUUCUUCAACUGCAUCGGGACAUAUUGAUCCGCCAUCUGCUCCUCUUGCCAUUCGAACUCGACGAAACCAAUAUCCCCCGAUUUCUGGGAGUGCUGCAUCCAAUGCGCCUGCUGCUAGAAUCCCGCGCAAGUCUGUAGUAGUUGCUGAUGCAGAUUACUCGAAUAAGGCAGGGGCUACACAAAGACGACAUCCGAGUCUUGCUCCAAGUACAUCAUUACAAUCCUUGUCCGAUGUUGCUGGUGCAUCUGCGAGAACGAACAAUACAGGAGUCCCGAGUUAUAUGGAUGGAGCAAGAGGUACAACUGCUUCGAGGGCAGCAAAAACUAAAUCUUUGCAGCCUCCGAUAAAAGGGCAACCGCAAGUUUCUAUUCAACCCGGUACACCAGAUCACAGUAGAUCAUCAUCACUUGCUGCAAAAUCACCAGGCAAGCCCAGUGGGACAGGAAUAGGCACAACCACACCAUCAUCUACAACCUCAAAGCGGAUGUCGGUUUUGCCAGGUACUUCUCAUGCAAGUGGGCUUGGGGCUAGGACGGUCAGUCCUACGGAUACUCGAAGGGCCAAACGUCUAUCAACUGCUCAUGGAGGUCCAACAGUUGCGCCAGGUACACCGCCAACCCCGCAACCCGACUCAUAUCCUGCUUUUACUCCUCGGGGAUCUUCAAGGUCUCCGUCGAUGUUACCUCGAAAGGUCCCUACACCUUCAUCAUCUCGAAAUACACCGGAUAGUAAUCGUAAGUACAAUUCUGCUAUUUCAGCUGCUUCAAGUUCAAGCUGUAACACAUCUCGAAAUACCACAGGUUCUUUGCAACCCCGAUUAUCAUCCCUUGCCCCCACAACAUCGAGGCUACCAACACCGAAGUCACGGAAUGUUCACAGUUCAGCUGGUAAUAAUGAAGAAGAAGACGUUCCACCAGUUCCUGCGAUACCCAAAGCGUAUGAAUCUCCCAAAGAUUCCCCUGCCGAAACUCCAUUCUUCGCCAAGAGAAAAUCAAGCAUGCCUUUUGAUGCUAGUAGCAUCAAUAGUACUUCAACAAAUAGCAUUUCUGGUAGGAACUCCGCACGUGAGCCGAUUAAGAACGAACGAGAGCCAAAGAGGUCAAGACAUGCGCCACCUAGCUCGAAUUCAGACCUUGAACAGCAAAAGCAAAAUUCUACGCCUGCCAAGAAAAAGAACCUUCAACCACUCCGUCUUCCACCUUUGAAUUUAUUACCAUUGAGUGCUCCCACAGCUGCAAAGGCUACGGCCAUAUCUAAUCCUGAGCCUUUACCAAACGGUGCCAUCACACCUCCACCUAAACGGAUCAAUACAAAAACUCCAAAUUCACCCAUGACAGCCUCCAAAACCUCAUUCUUUUCUCGUCGUACCGAAGAUAAAUCUGAGCAUCGUAUGCCUCAAACGCGGAGCAACAGUUCUAUACACCACAGACCCACAGAGUCUUCCUCGCAGGUAUUUGAAAUUAGCGCUGGGACGAAGCCUAUACCCAUAGUCAACACUCGACCACCGCCUAGAGAACCCUCUCCAUAUCUUUCCUCGUCUCUCCCCAAAAAUAAUCCUGGCCACCACCUCAUGCCUCGAUCAAAAACUAGUGGUGAUUUCAAUACGAUGGAUACUUCGAUGGAGAAUAAACCGGCGAGAUUAACUGGACCACGUGCCUUGAAAGUGAACAGAUUAGCUAAAAGCGACACUCCUGCGGAAUUUUCAAGCCCUGAGGAACCUCCAACACCAUCCUCAACAACUUCAUUGCGACGAAAGCUGAGUCUUGGCUGGAAACGAUCUGGCUCGAAGAACAACGCUAACGCUUCUCAUGCGGCAGGCGAGAGAGAGACCAAUCAUCCUCCUCCUCCACCAAAACAUGAUAACAUGCCACCACCCAGAUUACCCGCUUCAGCUACAAUGAAUAAUCUGAGCAGCAACAACAAGGAAAUUCCCAGUCCCAGCCCUUCGGUCAAGUCAACCACUACUUAUCUUAAUUCCAGUAGAAGAAAAAGCUCAGUUUCGAGCCUUAAUAUGAUCAGUGGUCACGACAGAACAAAGAGUGACAGUUGGGGUCUACAUCGAAACAGUCCAAAGAAAGAAGCAUCCACUGACUCUAUAUCCUCUGAAAGAAACAUUCCAACGGCCACUUCGCGAACCACAUCUUCUGUUAUGCACAGAAUGCUAAAUCCAAAGGCUUCUAGUGCUAGCAUUAGGCAUCAGGACCAUUGGACCGCGGACUUGGACAAAGAUGAUCUUCUGGCGGAAGAUGAAAUGAAGAAGCUUGGUAACAAACGAAAGGAAACAGAGCAGGCAGCUCGUCAAUUGGAUGCUUUGACCAAACGUGCUACUCCCAAGGAUCGAGCGAAUCCUCAACAGGCUCUAAAACUCGUCUCACAUCUCAACAUUUAUGAGAAAGGGGAAAUUGUCGAUUACAAGGAUAUCUACUUUUGCGGAACGGCUAGUGCAGCUAAGCAUAUUGGCCAGCUUCAAUCGGAUGCCGCCAAUUUUGGUUAUGAUGAUGAUAGAGGGGAUUAUCAGAUCGCUACUGGAGAUCACCUCUCAUAUCGUUAUGAGAUCAUCGAUGUUCUUGGCAAGGGAAGUUUUGGUCAAGUUGUCAGAUGUAUUGAUCACAAGACAGGAGGAUUGGUAGCUAUCAAGAUCAUCCGAAACAAGAAGAGGUUCCAUCAGCAAGCUUUGGUAGAGGUUAACAUCCUCCAAAAGUUACGCGAAUGGGAUCCCAAAAACAAGCACAGCAUGGUCAACUUUGUUCAAAGCUUCUACUUCCGCGGUCAUCUUUGCAUCUCUACCGAGCUUUUAGAUAUGAAUCUCUAUGAGCUCAUUAAAUCGAAUGCUUUCCGGGGUUUCUCUGUCAAGAUCGUUCGACGAUUUACAAAACAGAUGCUUAGCAGUUUGUUGCUUUUGAAGUCAAAGAAGGUCAUUCAUUGCGAUUUGAAACCAGAAAAUAUCCUUCUCGCUCAUCCCCUCCACUCUGAAAUCAAGGUCAUCGAUUUUGGGUCGAGCUGUUUCGAGAAUGAGAAGGUAUAUACAUAUAUCCAGUCCAGAUUUUACCGGUCGCCUGAAGUCAUUCUCGGUAUGACCUAUGGUAUGCCAAUAGAUAUGUGGAGUCUUGGAUGCAUCUUGGCUGAGCUUUUUACUGGUGUACCCAUCUUUCCUGGUGAGAAUGAGCAAGAACAGCUCGCUUGCAUCAUGGAAGUUUUCGGUCCACCAGAGAAACAUUUGAUUGAGAAGAGUACCCGCAAGAAGCUUUUCUUUGAUUCUCUUGGAAAACCACGCCUCACUGUAUCUUCGAAAGGACGCAGACGUCGACCAUCUUCGAGAUCUCUUCAACAAACCAUAAAGUGUGAUGAUGAAGUUUUCCUUGACUUCUUGGCUCGUUGUCUCAGGUGGGAUCCCGAAAAGCGUUUGAAGCCCGAUGAGGCUGUUAGACAUGAGUUCAUUACUGGCCAUAAGCCUACGGCUCUAACUCGUGUCAACACUCGAAUUGACUCGCCUAUUAAAAGGCAUAAUACUACCGCCGCAACUUCUUCGAACAGACCUCUCCCUGAACCACCCGCCACGAGUUACAGAAAUGGCUCAGCUGUUAGACCUCCCGCUGCCGGAACUAGUCCAAGUAAAGCUCUUCCUCCUAGACGACAAUCUAACGCCACAAUGUUGACUGGACCUCCUGGGCCGAAACGCACAAGUACUGGAACCGUUGCAGUUGCUAGCAGUAGUUUGCCCCGAGUCACACGAAGUGAGUUUUGGUGUUUUGUUCCCGAAGAAAAGACGGGUGGGGUGGGGGAUGAGGAAGAUGGGCAGGUGUGGACUGCGAGAUGCAUUUGGAGAGGGUUCCAGAUGGAUGUUGCAGCUGGUGGACACUGGAAAGAAGGAAGGGAGCGCGAAUUGAAUGGAAUGGAAUGGUAUGGAAUGGGAAGGAACUGA